AUGACGUAUGUGGAUGCAUUUGUGUCUAUGGAGCUUCAGGAGCUAAAAGAGGCUAUUAAGAUUCACAAGAGCGCCUCACAAGCGACAUUGAAGGACAAUGAGAAGAUCUUCAAUGAACUGAUCCACUCCUUUAAGAGAAGCCGAUCUAAGGUGACAAAUAUGAUCAGAGAUCAGGAAAAGGCUGAAGUGAGCCGAGCUGAAGGACUCUUGGAGCAGCUGGAGCAGAAGAUUGAUGAUCUACAGAAGAGAGAAGCUGAACUGGAACAGCUUCCACACACGGAUGAUCACAUCCACUUCUUACAGAACUUCAAGUCUUUCUCUGAACCUCUGGAAUCAACCGACACAUUCAGAGUUACCGUCAGUUCUCUUCUCUCUCAUAAUGAUGUGAAAAAAUCCGUCUCAGAACUGAAGGAAAAACUGGAGAAGUUCUGGAAAGAAGAGCUGGAGAAAAUAUCCGUAACAUACAUUACUGUUGUCUCCACCAAUGAACCCAAGACUAGGGAAGAGUUCCUACAGUAUUCUCUUCAGCUCACUCUGGAUAUAAACACAGUGAAUAUACGUGUUCCUCUGUCUGAGGAAAACACAGUUGCUACAUUCACUGACACAGCCCAGCCGUAUCCUGAACAUCCGGACAGAUAUGAUGUUUGGCCUCAAGUGAUGUGUAGAGAGAGUGUGUGUGGACGCUGUUACUGGGAGGUGGAAUGGAGAGAUGGUGCAGGUGUUUCAGUGUCAUAUAGGAGCAUCCGAAGGAAGGGAAAGACUAAAGACUGCAUCUUUGGAUAUAAUGAUCUGUCGUGGAGAUUGUUCUACUCUGACUCCAGUUACUCAUUCUGGCACAAUAACAAAGAGAUUAAAUUCCCUGUAGUCUCCAGCUCCUCUAGAAUAGGAGUGUAUGUGGAUCACAGAGCAGGAAUUCUGUCCUUUUACAGCGUCUCUGACACAAUGAUCCUGAUCCACAGAGUCCAGACCACAUUCACUCAGCCGCUCUGUCCGGGGUUUUGGCUUUAUAAAUCAACAGUUAAACUGUGUCAUCUAAGAGAGUAGCCUUAUAUUUUCACAUAUGAUGCUUGUGCUGAAUGUUAAAUCACUUACAUUUCACUUAACCACUUAGGAAUGCGUGCAAAUAGCUUUUCCUUUAUAAUCACUGAAGCUUUACACUGUACAAUGAAUCUUUCAUUUAUGUUGCGGCCCGCUAUGCUUUGUUUGUCCUAUUGAGAAGAUUCAUGAGUGUGCAUAACUUAAUCUCUGGCAUUUUAAAGCACAAAUUCAGAUUAUGGGACACCAUACUUGGCUGCACUUCAUAUAUA